UCUCCAUAUUCGCCUUGGAAAAAGCAUACAACGACACCACUCACUCACCCAGAAAUCCCACAAACAUAGAGUGAGGAGUUUGCAAUUCUUCUAGCAUUGAUAGAAGUGGGUAUGUCUCUAAACGCACUGGUUCGUCUUCCCUUGUCAAAUUCGAGGAGCCAUGAAGAUCUGCUCGUCAAACAUUCUCUAUUCUCAACUGGGACUGGUAGAAAACAACAGCAUAGACAGCGCGUUUUAGUUGUUCAAGCAAAGGGGAAGAAAGGAAUGCUAGCUCGUCAGUUCCAACGACCUCCCCCUCCUUCCUUGCCCAAAAUCGAAGACGAUGGCAACCCCAAAUUUGUUAUCUUCAUUCGCAUGGCCAACGUUUAUCUUUGGUACCCGCUGAGUCUUAUAACUGGUGGGACAACUGCAAAAAUCAUGGUUGCAGCUAAAGAUAACUUUCUUGGAAAAUAUAUCUACAAGGAUACAAUAGCGAGAAAUCUUGCAGCUGUUAUUUACAGAGAUGAGAAGGAGAUACAGAAGACAGCAUUUAGGCAAUACCGAGUCUUGCGAUCAACUACAGACUUUAGAUAUGGCUACAAACUUGUUGAAAAUAGCAAUGUAAGAGCUGCUAUUUCUACUACAGACGUUAUUGAGCUUCCAAGAAAGGAGGAACUCAAAACUGUGCUUGACAAAGUGAAAGACUUUUUUGGGGACGCCAAAGAAUCAUUCGGGAAGUUAACAGCCUUAAAUCCAGCUACACCUGAGGAGCCGAUGGAAACUCCCAAAGAAAAAUCAAGGUGAAAGGCUGAGAAUGAAGGAGUACUUGUCAACAUGGUAUACUACAAUUAUUCCUUAGAGCUCAGAAAGCUUCAUUUGCUACCAUACUGGCAUGGAGCAAGGUUGUGGAUGCAUCUCGACAGCAUAAGAUUUUGUACACAGAUUCAGUUCACAAAACGCUUUCAGAUUUAUGUUUUUUUUCAACCUCUCAGUAAAGGAGAUAUGUUUAUUAGAUAUGAUUUGCUAAUUGUGAAUGGUUGCCAUCUUGCAUGUACUAACCAGCAUUCAGACUCAAGACGGUUGAUCUGGGAUCAAUGAACUCUCCGGGUCCCAGAUUAUUUUUUAUGGUUUUGGUAUCUGAAUGCUGAAUUGCUGAUCGGCCAAUUUAACUGUCAAGGAGCUUUCCUGUUUUACAUCCA